GUUCUCCAAACAUCAAGCUGCCUGGCUUACUCUUUCUACUGCUGAUGGCUGCCCUGCCCCUGACUCAGGCCCUCCUGGGGUCUCACGCUGUCCAGUGGCUGUUCGGCUGUGACUUAGGGCCAGACCACCGCCUCCUCCGUGGGUAUAAGCAUGUCGGUAUUGACGGCCAGGAUUACAUCUCUCUGACCGGGGACCUGCAUUCCUGGACUGCGGUGGAUACCGAGGAGGCUCAGAUCACCAGGCGCAAGUGGGAAGCAGUUGGUGUUGCAAGGUCAUGGAAGUCUUUCUUGGAGGGCAGGUGCGUGGAGUGGCUUCUCAAAUACCUGGAUAAAGGGAAGGAGAUGUUGCAGCGUGCAGAUCCUCCAAAAACAAAUGUGACCCAUCACCCCAGGCCUGAAGGAGACGUCACCCUGAGGUGCUUGGCCCUGGGCUUCUAUCCUGCGGACAUUACCCUGACCUGGCAGAGGGAUGAGGAUGAUCUGACCCAGGACAUGGAUCUUAUUGAGACCAGACCUGCAGGGGAUGGAACCUUCCAGAAGUGGGCAGCUGUGGUGGUGCCUUCAGGAGAAGAGCAGAGACACACAUGUCCUUGAAAUGGGGUAAAGGGGUGUGUGGGGGCACAGAGUCUGUCCUUAGGGAAAGCAGGAGCCCUGAGCAGGGUCAGGGUCCCUCACUUCUAUCCUCUCCUACUCUCUCUCCCAGAGCCUCCUCCCUCUCCCACCAUCCCCACCAUGGGAAUAAUUGCUGGCCUGGUUCUCCUUGGAAUUUUGGUUGCUGGAGCUGUGGCUGCCAUUGUGAUGAGGAAGAAUACAGGAAGGAUAAAGAAAAUGUUUGAGAUUUGGGCUUCACUGAGAAAUUUCAAGCCCUGUAUGUAAAUGUGCACAUCUCCUGUUUUGUUACUUUAAAGUGUUUCCAUUCAUCUGUGCUUAUCCACUUUGGGACCAUUUUUAAGUAACUCUGUGAGGAACACCUGAAAAUAGAGAACAAAGGUUUCACAUUGAGGAUUCUGGUGAUGUGGACACAAAUCUGAGGUGGAGUCUCCAGGAGGAGGAAACAGGCCUCUGGGAGGGUACUUGAUCCUCUUCUCGUGUUUCCUGACCCUGCUGUAGGUCUGCCUGUGACCAUACCCUGGAAUAUUAUCUGAGGUUUAGGACUAGAAGUUUCCUCUGUAACUGACUCAUUCUGCAUCCUUCUCUGUCUUUAUCCUCAGAGAUGGAAAAGGAUGUAUUAGAAAGCGUUUGUCAUUUUAUUUCCACCCCUUUGCCCCAUGUCCUGGCAUUAGAACUCCCUCCUCCCUGAAAGUCUAGAAAGGAAGCAGAGACCUAGUCCCCCAUCACUCUGCUAAACAUCCCUGCAGCUGAGUACAACUUGAGUGCUUGGCUCCACCAGUGACCUACCUGUACCCUUAUAGAACCUGGUGUUGAUGGGCUUUGUGUUCUGUACCUAGAUGUGAAGACUCAAGUUUGGGGUUUGAUUUUUCUAAGAUAAAAAAUUUGUAAGCCUAUAAUUUCACAUAAUAAAUUUCUUCAUGUUUAAAUGAUAAGAAUUUGAAUUCACUAAUUGUGUCUAUAAGUCAGAUAUCAGUCAGAGACUUUCAUCAUGUUAAUUGCUUACCUGAGCUAAACACCAUAGAAGAGAAAACAAUAUGUACCAGUCAACAUGACAACUCAGUGGUGAUGACAUUUGGGACUGUUCUUUGUUGUGGGUGCUGCUCUGAUGAUUGACAUCAGUGACCUCAAACCUUGUUCUAGAAUUCUCAGGCCUCUUUCCAGAUCCACUGUCUUAGACUGUAAAGCAGGGAGACCAGAUAUUACUUCUUCUUUCUCUCUCUUUUGCAGGGUCUCACACUGUACCUCAGGCUGGCCUAGAACUCACUAUGUAGCUGUGAUGGCAAAUCUUCAUUGUCAGCUUGACUGGAUUUAGAAUCUCCCAGGACUUGCAGUUCUGGAAAUGUCUGUAAAGGAUUUCCAGAGAAGAUUAACUGAGGGGAGGGGACUACACUGAAUGUGGGUGACACCAGCCCGUGAUUUGGGGGCCCAGACUGAAGAUAAGGGAAUAAGAGCCAGCAUGCUCACACUCUGCUUCCUGAUGCAUGGAGAUGUGAGUCAUCCCAGCCACAUGGUCCAGCUUCCAUGAACUCCACCAUGGCUUUCCUGGCAGGAUGGGUUGUACCUUCUUAAAUCAAAGCCACAAUAAAUCCUUCUUGCCUUAA